UUUUCUUUUCAGUCUUGAUCAGUUUCACUCAUUGGAAGAUAUGAGAACAUUAGAGCAAAUCGAUGCUCCUCAUACCCAGUCAUCAUCAUCUUCGUCUUCUUCCAUUGAUAGCAACAACCACCCUUCUACGACUCCACCACCCUCUUCCUCCCCUUCAUCAAGUGUCUGCAGAAACAGAACUGAUUUGAGCACUGACCUAAGACUUGGUCUUAGCAUAUCUCCUUCCUCUCAAUCUGAACCACCUUUCAAUUCAACACCAAGGGAGGAAAGUUUCAACUGGCCACCAAUUAAGUCCAUAUUGAGGAGCACCCUUGUGGGGAAACAAAGCCAUCUGAGCCAAAAACCAUCUUUGUUUGUGAAAGUCUACAUGGAAGGGAUCCCCAUCGGAAGAAAAUUAAAUCUGAUGGCACAUUAUAGCUAUGACGGACUGGUGAAAACUCUGGGCCAUAUGUUUAGGACCACCAUUCUGUGUCCAAACUCUCAACCACUCAGUUCUGGGAAUUUUCACGUGCUAACUUACGAGGAUCGAAGGGGACUGGAUGAUGGUUGGAGAUGUACCGUGGGAGAUGUUCUUAAACAGUGUGAAGAGAUUGAAGAUCACGAGAGCUGACAGAUGCUAGCUAGUUUAGUAAAGUAUAGAACUUGUCACAACACAACACAACACAACACAAGCUCCUCAUCAAUUUUCGUUGUUGAUAAAUUUUUGUUGUAGAUCUAGUUAAUUAAUUAUAGGUGGGUGAAAGGCGUUGAAAUAUUUCAGCAAAAAAGAAUGGAUCCCGUGAUUGGCAUAUCUAAUAUAGGUUUAUACACCAAAAAUAUAUAGAUGUAUAGGUCUUGUUACCUAAUAGUGAAUUCAGUGCAUAGAAAGGGUAGAGUGUUUGAUAAUAGGGUUGGAGCUAUUGUUUCAGCCUUGAAGAAUUUAAAGUAGGUAAAUUAUUUUUGUGGUGUAUUGCAGCUUCCUUGUGUGAAAUUUAGCUUGAAGUUGAAAUAGGAAAAAUACUGAAAAGCGUGUGUUGCUUAAAAUGUGUGAAAGCGCAUAAAAAGCAGGUAUGAUUUUUCUAGUUUCCCUACAUGGAGCUUUUUUCUGGUGUCUCUGCUUUGAUGUGUUUGGCUUUGUUGGGUAGAACGUAAUGAUGCUAAUAGUGUCCACACCCCUCGUGUCAAGAACAGUGGUUUUUCUUUCAUUGUCAUGAUUUGAGGAAGAUUCUAACCAUGAAUUAAACAAUCCACAUUCAAACACCUGUCUGCCAGAGAACUGUACUCAUUUUGAUUGUUCAUCAAACAUUCACCUACUGACAAUGAUAUUUCAUCUCCAAAAUCAUUCAUUCCUCAAUUUUUCAUCUCUCAACACAACCUUCUCAUCAACUUUCACUACCAUAAACCAACCACACUUUCUUAUACAUCAUUUUUUCAUAUGCAUC